AUGGGAGGGCCACCCCCGAGCAGUUACAAAGGGGCCGAACGAGGCCGCGGCGCGAGGCGAGGCUCUCUGGUUUCUCGGGGCGGGGGCACCGAGACGCGGCCCCGGCCCCUGGAAAGGACCGGACGCGGACUGCGACGCGGGACCAUGGAGGCGGCCGCGGCGGGGAAGGCGGCCAUCGCGGGGAAGGCGGCCGUUCUCCCCCGCUACCAGAUGUUCUUCUUCCUGGCGGCCACGGGGCUGGUCCCAGGGGCGGCGGGUUUGGAGUGUCACUGCCACCUCUGUAUUAAAGAAAAUUACACGUGUGUGACAGAUGGACUUUGCUUUGUUGCUGCAACACAGAGUGCAGACAAAGUUAUAUACAAUAGCAUGUGUAUACCAGAAGUUGAUUUAGUUCCUCGAGAUAGGCCAUUUGUAUGUGCUCCCUCUUUAAGAGAUGGGUUUUUGAUGUCACCUUUCUGUUGUGCCAAAGACCACUGCAAUAAAAUAGAAUUCCCAACAGGUACCCCAGUGAAACCAUCUAAUCUUGGUCCUGUGGAAUUGGCAGCUGUUAUUGCUGGACCUGUCUGCCUUGUCUGUAUUUCAUUGAUGUUGAUGAUCUAUAUUUGCCACAAUCGUACUGUCAUACAUCAUCGUGUUCCAAAUGAAGAAGAUCCCUCCUUAGAUCGCCCUUUUAUUUCAGAGGGCACAACAUUAAAGGACCUAAUUUAUGACAUGACCACAUCAGGAUCUGGGUCAGGAUUACCAUUACUUGUUCAAAGAACUAUUGCAAGAACUAUUGUAUUGCAAGAAAGCAUUGGGAAAGGUCGAUUUGGAGAAGUCUGGAGAGGAAAAUGGAGAGGGGAGGAAGUUGCAGUAAAAAUAUUUUCCUCAAGAGAAGAACGUUCCUGGUUCCGUGAGGCAGAGAUUUAUCAAACUGUGAUGUUACGUCAUGAAAACAUUCUGGGGUUCAUAGCAGCUGACAAUAAAGACAAUGGUACAUGGACUCAGCUGUGGUUGGUUUCAGAUUAUCAUGAGCAUGGGUCCCUUUUUGAUUACUUGAAUAGGUAUACAGUUACUGUGGAAGGAAUGAUAAAACUAGCUUUAUCCACUGCUAGUGGACUUGCGCAUCUUCACAUGGAGAUUGUUGGCACUCAAGGCAAACCAGCAAUUGCCCAUAGAGAUCUGAAAUCAAAGAAUAUUUUAGUCAAGAAGAAUGGAACAUGCUGUAUUGCAGACUUAGGACUUGCAGUAAGACAUGAUUCAGCCACAGAUACCAUUGAUAUAGCUCCAAACCACAGAGUGGGAACAAAAAGGUACAUGGCCCCUGAAGUUCUAGAUGAUUCCAUAAAUAUGAAACACUUUGAAUCAUUCAAGCGCGCUGACAUCUAUGCAAUGGGAUUGGUUUUCUGGGAAAUAGCUCGGAGAUGUUCAAUUGGUGGAAUUCAUGAAGACUACCAGCUGCCUUAUUAUGAUCUCGUACCUUCUGAUCCAUCAGUAGAUGAAAUGCGGAAAGUUGUUUGUGAACAGAAGUUACGGCCAAAUAUUCCAAAUCGAUGGCAGAGUUGUGAAGCCUUGCGAGUGAUGGCCAAAAUUAUGCGAGAAUGUUGGUAUGCCAAUGGAGCAGCGAGGCUUACAGCUUUACGUAUUAAGAAAACAUUAUCACAACUCAGUCAACAGGAGGGCAUAAAAAUGUAAUUCAACGUGUCCGCCGAAUAACACUCUAGAUCCAUAUCUAUUCCUGGGUUUUCAUUUGGAAGGUCAGUUGUUCUACCUCACUGAGAGGGAACAAAAGGAUAUUGCCUCCUUUUGAAACAUGGAAGUAACAGUGGAUUACUAACCCCCAGGAUUACUGUGGACCCAAGGAGAAGCUGUGUGGGUUCUUCUGUGCACUAUGAGCACCUCUUUCCCGGGACAGUUACAAAAAAAGUUGUGUAGUCUCUUUAUUUUUAUUAACAUGAAAGUUGUUUUUUAAAAGUUGAUUGCCAGUCUUAACUUUAGUUAACUCUGCUAAAGAUUUAUCUUUUUAAAAAGGGGAGCUGAAUUGUACAGGACAUUAUUAUUAAUGUAAGUGAUUUAAUCCUGGUUAGUACAAUCUCAAAGUAUUCUGAACCACUAAAAUUAUCCUUGAUUCAGACUUUGAAUGUACUGCAGUUUAAUUUUCAGGAUCUUUUAAAACUGAACUACCCUUAUAAAAUUCUUAUUUGAAUUUUAAAAUGACCUCAUCUAAGAGAACUUAAUUUAUGCAGUUAUAUUUUGUAUACUAUUAUUUCACUUAUUCAGAAUCACAAGCCUUCAAAAUGAAAUUGUACUAUACCAGUAUGUGCCACUUCUGUGUCUUUAUAAUUCAAAUUAGUAAAAUUGUAGAAAGUCUACUUGCAUAAUCAGAUCUACAGAGGCUAAAUUGAAAAGGUUAAUUUAGCUAAUUGAAAAUAUAUAGUAUUUUUGGCAUAUAAUUAUACCAUUCUUAAAAAUCUUACCAAAAUAUGCUUUUAAACCACUAUGGCAAUUAGAUAGUAUUAAAGUUAGCUAAUUUAGUUAUGGUCACAUUUUAACAAUGUGCUAUUGAGUUUUAAUUGUAAUAUCUGUAGAAUUUUUUUUUAAAUCAAGUGGCACUCUUUAGAUGCUUAUAGUACUUUAAUAAUUUAAAAUGAGCAUAAAGACUAAUUUUUAAAAGGGAAAGUUUGCUAUAUUUAGCUGUUUGUAAAAAGGUGUUUGUGUGUGGCUCUAUAAACUUUUUUUCUUUAUCUGAUCAAAAACUUUUUUUUAACAAUGUAAUUACCACACUGUUAAACUUCAGCAGAUUUUUUUUUUUCCCUUAGAAAAGUGAAAGCAAUUUAUAGGCUGAAAGAUAAUGGUUGUGCAAGAUACAAGUGCACCAGUUAAGUAAAAGUAAACUUGUCCUGUGGCUUCUGUUGAUAUUUUUGUAAUCAAGUUGAAGCUAGAGUGCUUUCUGAGGUAUGGUUAGAACCUGGAAGGUGACGAAGCUUUUAAUUCAACUUUUCCUCUGUGUAAUAUGAGCAGAAUGUUACAACAUGCUUAAUAUGUAUUUGAAUUUAAUUUACCACUUGGUGUUUAAGACAGAAAAAUCUGAAAGUAUCGAGUGAAUUUCAACAUUCAUAAAUGUUUUUUUAAAUCAAGUACAUAAAGUAAAUUUGUCAUAGACUUCAAAUUAAUGAGUUGAGUUUAUAGCUGUCCUUUUCUUCCAGUGCUUUAAAAUCUUUUCAGUGUUUUCCCAGUUUUCAUUUAAUCACUGUCAUUUAUCCAGUUCUAAAAGACACCCCUGAAGAUAACUGUAAUAAGUUGUCUUUGAAUUUAUAGUGUUAUCCAUUUUAAAAUAAAUAAUUGGAAUAACUUUAUAGUAUUUUUAUUUUAAAAAUGAUAGCCAUGCAACUGAAUAGGAGGUGCAUUGCAAUAUCUUGUCUCUUAAAAUCUGACAGGACAAAUUUGAGAGACAGUUAGUCCAAAACCAAAGUAAUAUUAGAAUUAAGUGACAUGUUAUUUACAGAUUUUGCAUUUAUUUCACUUAUUUAAAUACAUUGUGAGCGAAACCAUAAUUAGUAGCCAUACAUACAUACAUACAUACAUACAUACAUACAGCAUAGUAUUCUAAUUUGCAUAAAUUUGGGCUUUUUUUUUUCCCUGUAGUUAUCCCAAAAAAAGUUUGGGAAAUUCAUUUUUGUAAUUGUUAUAUUAUUAAACAAGAAAUAGGUACAUCUAGCUUUGUGAACACUUUAAAAAAUUAAGAUUUGUAAACUCAAUUCAUUUGCUUUUAUUAAAUUCAGGGGACCAAUACAUUUUAUCAUUUAAAGGAUUUUAUAUCAUUUUUGAAUAUACCAAAAUUUCUUGUCUAAUUAAAAAAUUAUAGUGCAUGAUUUCAUGAUUUGUAAAGGGUAAAAUUUCAACAAAGAACAUAUUUAAUAUCAUUAGAAGGAAGGUUGAAUUAACAUUAGACUGUUCCUGGCUACCUGGGCAUAGUAGGCAUAGAUAUACUUUUCUUAAAUCAGGGAUUUCAAUUAGUAAAUUUCUUUAUUAGGUUCUAACAUAGUUUUAUUUAUGAAUACAACUUGCUGUUUGGGCCAAUGAUAGUUUACAUAACCCCAAAUUAUCUAAUAUUGGAAAAGAUGUCUUAAAAGUAAAAAUGAACAUUUGUGAGGCAAUAACUGUAAGUGAAAAUAGCCUGAAGGUGUUAGUUUGAUAAUAUGGAAACAGUUGCCUUCUUGCAUGCUGUUUACGUUUCAUAUAUUUAAUCCUAAAAAUAGAUAACACGAGUUAAAAUGUCAUCUGUCCAAAAACCCCAUCCCCAACCUGGAAAGGGAGCUACAAAACAGAGCAUAUUGUUGUGUCCUCAAGCAGCACCAGAUCUACAAUGUUACUCUUUGCCAACUCUUUAAUUUAGAGUCUACAACUUUUUCCUAAUGAAUUUCUUUGGAUUUUCCUGGAAUCAGCUUAUGGUUGCUGACUGAAGUUGUCCACUGUUUAACAACAUCCUUUAAUUCUCAGUGAGUGAGGCAUGAUAGUGGCAACCAGUUUUCAGAUUAACCAGAUGUUAUUAAAAUCUACCAACAGAUCAUAGCCUUCUGAGUGGAGCUCUCCACCCUGAAACUCCCACAGACUUGUAUGAGAUUUGGGGAUAUGACAGAGGUUGCCAGUUGUGGCAGUGCUGUUUGAGCUGGAAAUCAUGGAAAGCACAGGGGAGACUCUAGAUCCAGUAGUGGUGUGGGAACUAUGCCUUUGCCUCAACCAGGUUCAUUGUAUAAUCAAAAAGUGCCUACACUAAGCAAGAAUGGACAUUUCUGUAAUAAAUACUAAAUUUACCUUCCCUUAAACUAAAUUUGGAAGGGUUAAUUAGCCUGUUAUUUUGGAUUAUGUAAACCAAUGUUUCCUAGUUCCUACUCAAAAAAGGUAUGCUAUGCAGAUUAAAAGUGUGAGCAAAAAUAGUAGAACAAAAUCUGUUACUUUUUGCUAUGUUUCAUUAAUAUUUCAUUCAUGUCCUUUUAUUGAACCAGUGAUUGAAAGUGAAAUGUUACAGGUAUUUCUUUUGUUUGGCAAAUGGGAGAGAAGAUUCUUGUUCCAAUUUAGCAGAUUUCUAGUCUAGUUGAAAAGGAAAUGACAGUUCUCAGAUGAUUUCAGUUCUUUAAGAGUGGUACUGGAUUGGACUGUCACUGAUGCUUCGAGGAACCAUUUGGAAUGCUGGAGUACUUCUGUAUGCUAGAAUGCUGGAUUUCUUGAAUGUUUCAGAGAUGAUAGUACAACAUUGGCACUUUUCACUCCAAUGCUAAAUUUUUGUGUGUGUUGUUAUACCUUUAAAAAUGUGGCUAAUAACAUUUGACUCUUUGUAGAGCAUAAAGCUUUCAUUAAUUUUUCUAAACAAAAUUUGUAAAAUAAGUCAUGAACCAUUUUUUAUAUCCUUUUUCACAUCGUGCCAUUGAAAAUGAUUAUAGAGGUAUUUGGUGUUAAUUUACAUGUAAAGAAAAUGCUUCAAUAUAUCAUUUGCUUUAAACCUAAAUUACCUCUUGAAAGACCAAGGUACAUUUACCUCAUCGUGUAUAUAAUGUUUUAAUAUUUGUCAGAACAUUCUCUUGAUUUGCAGUUGUUUCUAUAAACUAUGGGUAUUAUAUCGCUAAAUUUACAACUCCAAUGGUACUGUUUAUAAUUGUGCCCCAUAUGACACCAUCUAUCCUUUCUAUUUUCUGUAUUUUAUUGUAUUUUUGCAAAUUGUUGUGGCUUUCAAUAUAGCAUAUGCCCUUCUAGAGAUGUACAAAUUAUGACCUGUAUAAAAUUUACAUUUUAGGUGAUUAAAUUUGCAAAGCUUAUACAGAUGACAAAAAAAAAAUCACAAACUACAUUUCCCCGUAAGAUUUUGGAAAUUAUAUAUUGUAUUUGUAGUACCUACCCAAAAUGGAUUUGUAAGUAGGAAGUAGAAGAGUAAUGCUUAUGUUAGCAUUUAACACUACAAUAGAAAGGUUAAAGCAAUGCAAAUAAACUACUCUUUUUCCAAGCACUA